AUGGCUGAUCAGUGCAUUGUCUGUCUAGAGACUCUAGACGUCCAACAACCCUCAGACCCACACCCGUCGUCCUCCGUCAGCGCUCCUGCCGGCCCUGCUACAGGGGAUUCAAGUGAGCCCGGAGCGCCCGCCGCAUCGAUCGAAGUAGACGCAGUUACACCCAAGGACGAUGCCGACAACAGCCCCGUUAGCACAACCGCCAGCAACACAGGUACCAGGAAACACGACAACAAACACGACCAUGUAGCCGAGAUUCAAGUUUGUGGCCACGCGCUGCACGAUUCUUGUCUACGAUUAUGGACCGACAAGGCCAAUAGCUGUCCCAUUUGCCGCCAGCAAUUCCACCUGGUGCAUGUGUACGACAAGAUAGGAGGUAAACUCCUGAGUUCCUACCAUGUCGAAGAUAAGAAGCAGGUAGCCGAGUUCGACCCCCAACAAUGGCUUGACGAGAACCCCGAGCCUGAAGAGGAUGUUAGCCUACCGUGCCCAAUCUGCAACCGUUCAGAUAACGAGGAGGUUCUGCUGUUGUGCGAUGGGUGCGAUGUGCCAUAUCAUACACAUUGCAUCGGCCUGGAGAGGGUCCCGCCUAGUCACUGGUUCUGCAUGGAAUGUGCGGACGUGCUAGGUGAGGAUAUCAACGCGCAAGAUGGGAUGCCCGAAGACUUUGCGCCAGCUCCGAGGACCCGUCGUGGCUCUCAGAACGCCCAGCGCGAGCGCGGCAACUACUAUUUCCCAAGAACCCAAGGCAGCAUGCGCCGGGCCAGGAUAAGGGCCAGAUCUGACGAGUGGCAAGGUGCUUGGGGUAGGAUCGCCGGCAGAGUUUGGGAUGCCCUGAGCUUGGACCUUGACUAUCAGGAUGACGAUGGCGACGAUGGUACACUCGAAGACCUAGAGAAUUACCGCCGGUCGCAGCGGCUUAGGGAGCAGGAGAGGCUAGAGCAUGAAAGGUGGCAGCAGCGUCUCAUGAUCGCCACUAGACUGGGGGCUCGAGACGUCUUUACCACCAACAUGCCUAGUGUGUUCCAAAGUCGGUACGUCCCGCGCGAACCGUCGCCUCAACAGACUCGGGAAGAAGAACAAGCAUGGGGUGCUUUUGAGCUGGCCAGAGGUGCCCAGGAGGGCUCCGCAAGUCGCAAGCGCAAGUCACGCUCUAUUAGUGGUGAAGUGGAGGCAUCCAACCAUGAGCCGGAGAGGAAGCUGAAGAGGCCUCGAACGCGGAGGCUACACACAACUCAAAACGGCGAACCAUCUACCUCAGCGGCGAACCAGCCCAGCGCAUCCACCACCGCCGGACCAUCAGCAUCCACCGAAGCAGCUCCGUCUUUCUUAUCGUCUUUGCUCAAGGAAGUGGAGAUGAGCACGGCUUCUGAUGAGGAUGGCUUCCGAGAUGUUCCUGAACUUCCUGUUCCGGGAAGCAUCGACACGGGGUCCCCGGUUCCUACCUAUGUCAGUCCUCGGGCGACAACACCGCCGAUGGUCAUGAGUCGGCCGAGUUCCCCGGGCCUCAGCUCCUAUCUGGCCCCUGUCUACGCUCCGGCAAACUUCUCGCUCAACCGAUCAACAUCACCGACAGCUAAAACUUCCCGGUCGUCCUCGCCGAACAACAGACGUAGGAGUCAAACCUCGCCUGAGAACAGUGACACGGAGCAACAGCGCGGUCGUUCUCGCCAGCAAAGUGGCUCAGCAGCCGCCGGAGGACCAUCGUCGUCGGCAUCGAUUACUGUCCAGGCAUCGCUAGUGCGGCGGCCUCAUCCCAAUGCGCCACACAGGUCCCCCGAGACAUCGCCAUCACGACCUGCUCUGCCACUCGACGUGAAGCAGAGCAUCAACAGUAUUGUUCGGGGAGCAUUGAGGCCUCAUUGGCAUUCGCAGAAAAUAACUGCCGAGCAGUACGAGGCUAUCAACCGGGAUGUGUCGAGGAAGCUUUAUGAAGAAGUUCAAGAUCCUGCAAUGAGUCUAGGCGAAGAGCUGAAACAGAGCUGGGAGAAGCUUGCGGCUAAGGAGGUCACUAGGGCGGUUGACCAGUUGAAGGCGUGA